AUAAACGUUUUUCCGAUUACGAAUUUUCAUUUAUUUAGUUAAAGCAACACAAUUAAAAAAAACUGCAAAUAGAUACAUAUAUACUUAUAAUGUUAAACACUCAACACCAGUUUUGGCUAUUACUAAAAUUGAAAGUUAUGAUGCUGGAAAGUAAAAGUAGAUAGCUUUAUGACAGAGGAAAAUGGGUCUGCGAGUGAUGAGUCUGGUUCCACUUUCGUUGUUGGCAAUACAGUUGGUCCAUACACAGGUUGUUCUUUACCACAACUGCACCGAAAGCUAUGAUUCGUUGACACACGUGAUUUACGUGUACAGCGCCAAAUUCGCAGUUUGCAGCUGGAGCAUUUUUGCACCAAAUGAAGAGCCCAUUCACGUGUGGCGAAAUGACGCGGUAGUGCAGGUGUUCCAUCAGCAUGUGAACAAGUUUGAUUCUCGAAAUUACAAUUCAACACAGUCGAUAGACAUUGGUGAAACUAUGAUUGAGAUUGUUACCACUGGAAACGACAGAAUGAGAUUCCGAAUUAAUAGAUCACAUCCCAUCGAUACAGUCUACGAGUACCACGAAGAACGCAUAAGUUGGUCAAAGGCAGACGGCAUUUGCAGUAAACAUGGCGGCACUUUGAUUACGUCAUAUCCAAAAGUCUUGAGUACGAGUCUAAAAGCAAUAACAAUGUCGGAUAAUACAGCAAUAUGGCUGGAUAAAGCUCUCUCUAACUGGAUUUGGCUGCAAGGCUGUGUUCACGUGACUGUACGCAAUGGUUCGAUGACGAUUUACGAGAUGACUAAAAAAGAACAGCUAAUGGCGUGUGAGACUUUGUGUCAUUCCUACAAAUAUUUCUUGACAAAUAGGCAACGGUGUUUCUGUUCAGACGUCAGUGUAGGUCGCAAAGUCGCCAUGGCAACAUGUCCACUUUACUAUGACGUCUUCAUGGAAGUCGGGACAGAAGACAAAUUCGACGACUAUUAUAUUCUGUGGGAAAGACAUGAUGAGCAAAACUCUCCAGUGGGUAAUUUGAAAGAUCAACACUGCGUUACGAAAGGCAAAAACAUAUUUUUAGAAGUAACGAGUUGCCAGGAUCAGAACGGUUUCACGUGUGCAAUUGAAAAUGGUUCAAACCAAACAUAUGCACAGCAUAUUCCUGGUUUCAACGCUGCCCUCAGUUGGGUCGAGGCUAAUGCCUUCUGCUCGUCCAAAGCCAACAGCACCGGCCUUGCAAGUGUUCCUGACUUAAAACACAUCGCUAUUUUCGAAGGCGAUAGAUAUUGGACAUCUUUAGUUCGAAAUGUUACAUGGUCCAAGACGUCGUACUACAAGCGGAAACCUCGUGUAAGUUAUGUGGCGAAUGACUUAAACAUCUACCCGAAGAACAGCACAGAUGACAACCCAUUUAUAUGCAGUUUUGAUGUACCUACAUGCGGUCUCGAAAUAUCUGGGGUAAGCGGGAUUAUUUCAUCGCCAGAAUACAGAGCAUCCUUGUUUUGUAAAUGGCGAAUACUCGUACCGGUAGGCAUGGUCGUCCAUCUUGAACUCGCUGACCUUGAUGUAGAGCUGAGUGACUCCUGCAUAUAUGAUCGAGUGACGAUAACAGAUAACGUUGGGCCAGAGAAAUCAUUCUGUGGCCAAAAGAGAGGUGUUUCCCUGACAACAAGGUCAAACACUAUAAACAUGGUAUAUCGUACCGACGAUACCGUUCAGAGUAAAGGUUUUGUAAUGAAAUGGCAAGCAGUUAUAUAUGACGACGCAGAAGAGAGCACGACAAAGUCUGCACAUCGUAUCACAGGAGGAACCAUAGCAGGCAUCGUGGUAGGUGUUAUCUUCCUGAUUUUCUUGACCUGCUUCCUAUCGUGUUGUUUGAAAUCUGAAGAAAUGCGUAGAAAUGUAAUCUCCUGUUGUCGAGGUCACGUUGGGUUGACAGAUAAAUCUAAGACCCCGCAAGUCAGUAACGUUCUUUAUGGAGUGAACUCGUUCUCAUUUGGAAGCGAAUUCACAGAUGGUAACACUGGAUACGACACUAUUGGAGAUGCGCACCACGGCCUAUUGCUCAGGAAUGUCAGUUAUGCCAACAAUCCAAGCAAAGUCAGUCGGCAUACCUAUGAAGACAUUGAAAAUGACAUGCUCACUAGAGAUCACUAUGCAGACAUUGAAAAUGACAUGUCAAAUAUGAAUGAACAGAAUAAACCUGAACAGCCAGGUGCAAUGUCUAAGAGAGAAGUGAUUCACACACAGAAGAAGAACACAGUAAAAAUAACCGUUGACAUGAUGCAUGAAAAUGUACAUCCGAAUGAAGCGGAGCCACUCGAUUAUACUGACGAUUACAUGCAGCCAAAUGUAUCGAGAAAAAAGAAGGAAAGAUCAUUUGCUUCCGACGAUGGUGGAUAUCUGAACGAUGACGUUACCGGAAAACCAAAACACAUUUACCUUGAAUUAAAGCGUUCAGGUGCGUCAGUGUCGGCGAACUCUGGUGAGCCAGAUACGCAACAAAAAAUGGCCACCGAAAACCAUUACGUAGCUAUAGAUUAACUAUAACACUAUUGACCUGUUUUUCUGUUUCGUUUCAAAUGGUAUUAAUGGUGAUUAAAGGUCGAUGUAUGUA